AUGCCAAUGAACUUUAAUUUAAACCAGAUUGAGUGUAUUUGUCAAGUACUCUAUGAUAACCAGGAAACUGAUCGGUUGAAGACAUUUCUGUCGGAAAUAUCAAGGACAACAAUGUAUCAUAACAAUGAAGUCAUUGUGAAAUGCAGAGCACUAGUUUUAUUUGUCAAUAAAGAAUUUACUGAAUUAUUCAAAAUUUUAAAUAAUUUUCCAUUUAGUGUUUAUAAUCAUAAUGAAAUGCAAAAUUUAUGGUAUCAAGCUCAAUAUGCACAAAUAGAGAUAUCACGUGGUCAUCAAUUGAACGCUGUAGCCAAAUAUCGUAUACGUAAGAAAUUUCCACCGCCGAACACGAUAUGGGAUGGAGAUGAAGUGACGUAUUAUUUUAAAGAUAAAUCAAGAAAUUAUUUAGCUGAACAGUUUGCGCACAAUCCGUAUCCGUCUAUUGUGGAAAAACAUUUCAUGGCUAAGAACAGUGGUCUUACUAUAACACAAGUAUCAAAUUGGUUUAAGAAUAGAAGACAACGUGAUAAAACUCUUAAUAACUUUAAAAGUAGAUGUAUAACCCAGAAUGGAUUGAGUUACCUUCAACCAACUGAUUUCGAGAUGUCGACAGAGUUCCAUGAACACUUUGAACAAAAUACUGAUACAGCACUGUAUGAUGCGAAAUUUUUUGAGACGGCUUGUUCCGAUUCCAGCAAAUCUUAUUUUGAUUGUGAAAGAGAACCUCAAGAUCGUGAUUUCAGCUUCCAUUGGCAUCAAUCUGGAAAUUCUUCUUCUUCAUUUUUCACCUAA